AUGGCCAGAAAACAUCAUAAACAAACACUGAGAAACAAUUUGGUUAAGAAGAAUGAUCAACUGAACCAUGUGAAAUCUGAGUUAGAGAAGAAGAAGAAAGGAAUUGUUGACACAGUGGAAUUCAUGGAGGAGAACAACAGCACCAUGUCAAAUUACAGUUUAAUUGACAACCACAGAGAACUGACUAAAAUGUUGCCUGAAUUGGAGGUUCAUAUGACAUGUAUGACAAAAUGUGAACAUUCAGAGAGAUUCAUAAGACACCGUGUAUAUCCCAGCAUGCGGGGUGUAUACUAUGUUGUGCGCGGGGUAAAAAAGUCCAUCAGCUGUCUGUCACCAUCAGGAUCUGUCUCUACAGUCAUCAGUACAGAUCCACUGUUACCAGAUGGAAUCUGUCAAUCAGUGGACGGUGGACUACUGGUCACCUUGAUGGGCAAGGAAUCAGAUCGUUACAAAAUAGUGUCACACAGCAGACGUCUGAUGAGACACAUCACGAUGACAGGUGAUGUCAUCCAUGAGUAUGAAUACCAGGAGGACGGUGAACUAGUGAUUCUGUCUCCCUCUGGUCAUAUAAAGUCUGUCUACAGUGGACAGAACCUGAAAGAGAGCUUAAAUCCAUCUGAUAUAGUGUGUGACUCCCUCUAUAACAUCCUUGUUUCUGACUGUAACAACAAACAGAUUCAUCUACUGAAUCCUGACGGGGAGUUCCUAAAGUUCUUACUCCAGGAGAAUGAAGUAAACAGUGCAUACUCACUGACCCUAUACAAGUCUACACUGUGGGUGGGAUACACGGGAGGAUUUGUUAAAGUGUUUGAGUACACAAUGUAA